UUCAUUGGGUGGGCUCAUACUAACCCAGCCCAGGUGGAGGGAGGGAAGAGAGGUUGCAGUCUGGCAGACGGGAAGGGUUAUCAGCCAAUCAGCUGAACCUGAAGCCGAACGGCGGCUCAAAGCGUUACUGAGCAGGCGCAAACCCAACACCAGGUAGAGCUCAUCUGCAUAGGGAGGCGGGGUUUGAAGGAAAGAGGUGGAGCACUAGCAGGGACCCAUCCAAGUAGCACCACCCCCCCUCAACUCGCUCAAACCACGGGCGAAACGGCUGGCGUCGGGACUGAGUGAUUGGGUAAGAGCCGCCCGUCCUUCUGCCAGGAUUGGUCCAACGAUUCUUUUCGAAGUUUGCAGUAUCCAAUUGGAAAAUGGGGGGCGGAGCCAGCACUAACCGAGGGGUUCCUCCGCGAGACGCUCACGCAAUGUAGUCCCUGCGGCUACAGGUUAGGCGCCGGUGUCUCUCGUCGAUGCGUCACCCGCGGCUAGUGGUGGCUUCUCUCCAGCUCAGGAAGCCGCUCUUGGUCCUGGGACGGCGGGGAAGAGGCCUGGCAGAUCGAGGUACGCGUGGACACGUGCGGGCAGCGGCGGCGUAGAGAUUCGCAGAGUAACGCCAGUGCCGAGAGGCGGGGCCAGCGGUUUGAAUCGGGCGGCGGGAGGCGGGUGCGGCCUGGCGGUGGAGAGGGUAGGGAGUGCGCACUUGGGCGUCGGAGUGCUGGCGCCCUGGACAAGUCGGCCCCCGGCGACCCGCUUGGUGGCCGGUAGUUGCCCUCUCGAGCGAACCGUCAACACCUGCAAGACACUCACCUGCGGUAGAAGCGUUCCAAAUAAACCCAUUGGGAGAGCCGAUCUGCGGGAGUGAGAGAUGGAUACCAACUCAAAAGACAGCGAGCCUCUUGAAAUCAACGAGUCUGCUCUUCCUGGUGCUGAAAGUACCUCUUUAAUUUUGGGAAAUGGGAAGCUUGUAACUCCUCACAAGCACGCGCCUGAAGGGACUCCUAAUGGUUGCACACCAGAUACUUUUAAGUCACCCUUGGACUUUUCCACAGUAACAGUAGAGCAACUGGGAAUUACACCUGAAAGCUUUGUAAAGAACUCUUCGGGAAAGUCACCAUCCUCCCUGAAAAAAUCCAGACGACGCUCUACAAUUGGUGCUCGGGGCUCCCCUGAAACAAACCAUCUUAUUCGUUUCAUUGCUCAGCAGCGGAAUUUAAAGAACGUGGAGAAAUCUUUGACACAGAAUUCCCCUUUUCUGGGCAGUCCUGUACUGCAUCGAAAUGUGAAUUCUUUAAGAGAGCGAAUGUCCGCCUUCCAGUCAGCUUUUCACUGCAUAAAGGAGAAUGAAAAAAUGACGGACUUUCCCGAAGUCUCAGAGGCAGAAGGAGAAGUCACGACAACAGGCUUGACCAAAAAGGAAAGGCUUGGGCAGUGUCCACAGUUUGAGUUCUCUGCAGAUUUAUCUUCCAAACGUCGAAGGAUAUCCUCUCAGAGCAACUCUGAUGAAAAUCUCCCUGACGCAGUUGAUCUCCAGAUAUCCCGUAGAGCCCCUUCUCCUAAUACAGGCACAACGUGUGCUGUUGAAACUUCUCCUGCAGAUUUUUCUGAGAAAUCUUUUGAAUCUGGUUUAACGCAGUCUGGAUAUUUGGUUGAAGAGUCUGUUUCACUUUCAGAUCUCACAGAAGCUUCAAGUGGAGUCAAGGUUGCUGAGUGUGUAGAGGGCGAAAGAUCAAGUGUUGCUGUUUCCCUUGACAACUUGAUGGAAGUGAGCACAGACACGACUCCUGAAGGCAGGUCACUGGUCACUCCACUCUGCAAGAGGGACGUUGCAUCCUCUGAGACCUUCGUACUUCGUUCGGUGCUAAAGAAACCCUCUGUUAACCUGUUUCUAGAAAGCCUGCAGGAACACCGUGACAAUCUCUGUGAUGACGGGACUCAUCCGAGCUUAAUCUCAAAUCUUGCAAACUAUUGCAAAGAACAAACAACAGAAAGUCAAGAAAAUUGUAAAGUGCCAGCCUUUCUAAAUGUCAGGAAGAGGAAGAGAGUUACUUUUGGAGAGGAUCUAAGCCCUGAGGUGUUUGAUGAGUCUUUGCCAGCAAAUACUCCGUUGCGUAAAGGAGGAACACCUGUUCGCAAAAAGGAUUUGAGUAAUGUCAGUCCCCUGCCACUCGAGCAAUCACCAGUUCCUGCACAGUUACCACAACCAGAUUUUGAUGACAAGGGGGAGAAUCUUGAAAACAUAGAACCUCUUCAGGUGUCAUUUGCCGUUCUGAGUCCUCUUAAUAAGUCUUCAAUCUCUGAGACUCUUUCAGGCAUUGAUACCUUUAGUUCUUCAAAUAACCAUGAGAAAACAGCCUCCCAUAAAGUUGGUAGAAUCACACGGGCCUCUAACCGAAGAAGUCAAUUGAUCACUUUUGCAGAAGAGGAGGUUUGCAACUUACUUCAUACAGAAGCUCAGCCCUGUAAAGAAAAGAAAAUUAAUAGGAGGAAAUCUCAGGAAAGCAAGCACACAGAAAGAGUGCGUCCUAAAAAGAACCAAGCUUUAAAAAGUUGCAGAAAGAAGAAAGCAAAGGGAAAGAAAAGUAUUCAAAAGUCUUUAUACGGGGAAAGAGACAUCGCUUCCAAGAAGCCGCUCCUGAGUCCUAUUCCCGAGCUGCCUGAGGUCUCGGAGAUGACGCCUUCCGCCCCAGGCGCCGGAACGAUGCGUUCAGAUGAUUUCGACUCCAGUGGUGAACUUCAAGAAGCAAAGCUUCCUCAAAGGAAGCCUCAGAAGCCAGAUUUGCAGAUGAGUCAAGGUUUUAAUAAGUACGAUCUGUCUGCACGCUACAGCUCUCACACCAAACGUUCCUCGCCGCUUAUUAACGCUACUUUAGAGCAAGAUUUAGAUAUAAAUACCGUAGAAGCUAGUAAACAUAAAACUCUUCUAGGAGCGGAAAUUAAGUCAGAAAGUGAAAAUGACCUGAAAGCUGGCUCUGAGAAUGAGAGCAGUCGUGUUUCCUGUGAUUCUGUGACCGCAAAGGUCCCGGCAUCCGAUGAUGCGGGAUCCAGUAUUAUCCUGCCGUCCCGGGAAUUGGCUGCCGCUGGCCAAAAUGUGGAAAACCUUUUUCAGAUCUUUAAAAUUUCAGAAGAUGUGAACAUAAAGUAUGAAAAGCAGGAUGACUCUGUUAUAGCUCCAGAAGGGAAACCGCAGACCACACGUGUAAUGUCUGGCUUACAAAAAGAUGUCUUCCUUGACAGUAUGAAAGAAAGUACAAAUCCGAGCGAGGAUUCGGGAAGCAGCUGCGCAGAGAGUGAAAGCACUGGUACGAACGGGGGAGGAAAGAAGCAUAGAAGACGUUCUAUGUGUUACUCUGGCGGCCAGAGUUUCGAUUCGGAAAAAAACAGAAAUCCCAAACCUCCCUACCUGGUGAGCAGCCCUGUAGAAAUUGGUUUAGAAAAUUCUGAACUCUAUAAAGAUUUAUCUGACUCCAUAGAGCAGACCUUUCAGAGAUCGAGUAGGGAAACAAAAGUAAGACGGAGCACCAGGCUGCAGAAGGAUCUGGAAGAGGAAGGGCUCGUCUGGAUCUCACUUCCAUUUCCUUCCGCUUCCUGCACUUCCCAAAGAAUGAAAAGGAGAACAAUAUGCACAGUGGACAGCAGAGGCCUUGAAAGCGUGGCCCUCUGUAAAGACCCCAGGUCUUCUGGACACACCCCGAGCACAGCACCCCCCGUGUCAGGUAAAGACAGGGAGGGCUUGGCCGCCAGUGCGGCCAGUUUACCUGGGAGGAGGAGGAAGAGCUUGUGGACGUCCGCACCCGUGAACGCGAAAGGUCCCAUUCUGGCAAAAUGCUGCAAGAGAAGAAGCUCUCUCCCCCAGAGCGGAGAGAGCUCUCUAAGGGACGUCCAAGGAGUCGGGCACAUCGGGAACUAAAGCGGUAACUGGCAUUUCCUGAAGAACGUUCGGGGCCGCAGAGAAGGUAAACCCCCCCCACCCACCCACCCCAUGCUCAGAACAUUUCUUUCACCCCGCCUCUCCUCCCCUGUUCAAAGUUUCAAAUAAAAUCAUUUGACUUGAACCUCUCUGUAAGUAGAAGUAAGUGGGAUUUCUUCAUUCAAAAAGAAAACAUUCUCUUAAAUCUGUUCUUCUCUCCCCAAAUAGCACAUGUUUGCUGAAGGUUUCUCGCUAGUACGUGUUGACUGUUUCUGUUGGGAAACAAAAUUUGUCUCUUGAAAUUGACUCAUUGUGUCUAGAUGAGAAGACCUGAAAAAACAGAUUGAUAAGUGGAAUUUUAUGAAAAUUGAAGGGUGAUACAAGGUUAAAAACUGCCAGGAAAUGAGAAAAGAUGUGUUUUUAAAAUGUUGCAGAAAAAGCUGGUUAAAAAUCUUUAUCCAUUAGGGAAGAUGGAAAUCAUAAGACUUUUUUGUUGGUUUAAAAUUAAGAAGCUUUAAUGACUUGCUUCGUCUAUCUCAAAUGAAUAUUUUUAUAUUAAUAGGUUAAAAUCAAAAUUGGAAAAUUCAUUUAGUAACCAGAAUAUUACAAGUCAAACAUUAUAAACUGAAUAUAUAUAGUCUAUAAAUAACUAAGGUGAAAAUAUUUUGUCUUUCAAACAAGAUUCUUAUAUGCCCUGUGGGGCGGGAGGUGCAGGAUUGGUUUUGGGGGAGAAAAGAGCAGUGUAGUUGAAUCAUCCUCCAGAUCAUUCCAAUUAGUCACAUUUAGGAUUUAUUCCAAGAAAUCCCAAAUUAGUAAUUUGGUAUUUAAUUCAUGCUUCUCCAUUUAAAAAAAAAAAAAAAUUUUUUUUUUUUUUUUUUAAAUCUAGAAAUUUCCUACGAAAGGGCCUUGGAAAAUUUGUUUACUAACAUGAAGCAUGGUGGUAGGUGGCCGAUUUCCUUUUUAACGUGGUGUUUUGCCAGCAGUUUUCUGCAUUUCACGAUGUCGAGUACCAUCCCUGGUCUCGGAUUCUCCAGUUACAUUUCAGCAGUAUCCUCCGCUGUUUUGAUGACAGCAGUUUGAAAAUCUAAAUUGCUAUAUAUCUGGAAUUUGGGAGUGCGCAUAAAUCAUUGUAUCGUUAAACAAUUGUCUUUGAAAUCCUCUAAAUCAUUAAACUCUCCCUCUCCAUGAUAGCAGAAACAUGUUAACAAAUAGAGCGCUCUAUAAAUAACACAACAGGGAAGAAAGCUCCCGCUGAGUGCCCAUUUCCCCUGCCUUAGAUACAGACUAUUUGUUACCUUCUUGGCACCAAUGGGUCUGGAACUCCUGCUGCUAAAGACUAAAUGUAUUUUACAUUAACACUCAAAGUGAUCCCCAAUUUCUUCUGCUAAAGGGUGGAUUGUUUAAAAAAUUCUUUUAUCUUUACACAUAAAUUAUUUAUGGGCUUCCCCCCCACCCCCAUUAUAGUUCGGUAUGGUUGGCAAAUCUCUACCCGUGAAAACAAACCAAAAAAUACGAAAAUAAAAACAAAAAAUCUACUUGCUACUUAUGAAGCUUUUCGGUCUUGGUAAUUUAAAAAGAAAAAAAAAAAACUUUCAGAACCAUACGAUGUGAAGGGUUUUUUAAAACUUGUUCUCCUUUGUCGAAUGUGAAGACUGUAAAACUACUGAUUGUUAUUUUCUCCUUUUUACUGUAGGUAUGAUCUCUGUUGUAUCUGAAUUUGAAGAAUUUCACAUGCUUUGUUUUAUUUCUCAAAAUGUGCUAAUGAUCUGUGGCGGGUUUUGGCUUGAGUUUUCAAAUGUAAAAUUCUUGUUUUGUGGCAUCUGCAUUUAAAAAUCUACAUACUUUACAAGUUUUGUUGGUUUCAGAAUGUUUCAGCGUAACUGUCCUGUUGAUAUUUGUAAAUAACAAAGAGAAGUUUUCCUAAAAAAGAAGAGGUCUGAGAAACCAAAGCAAUUUGGACAUGAUCUUAUCCACUGUGUCAUUUGUAGCCUACGUUUUGUGAGGAGUUAAUCGUUUCAAAUUAAGUAUUUGUUCCUGCUUGCUUGUUUUUAGCUAUUUCUUUCAUUAAUGGCUAAAUCAGAAACAGGGCUUCAGUAGUUUGUCCUUGCCUUGUCUUUUACUGCAGUAACCCUUGACAUUUUGGCUUAGAAAGUCCGUGAAUCUUUCCCUGCUGCUGUAGAUCCUUGUUUGUUCCAGAAGAUGGCAGCAUGACAUCUGGAUACAUUACCUUUAAAGCCCAGGCAGCCCUUCAUUGUUGUUGCGGGUGUUUCUCUUUAACUGUUAUUUUCACUCAUUCUUAUCACGAGAGUACUAUGUGUCUAGUGAAGAAAGUAGAGAACUGUACACAAUUAAAUACUGUUCAUUCCCCUGGUGCAAGCAUCCUACAGCCACACCUUCCUCUUCCCAGCUUUCUGUGUAAACACCCUUAACAACUGGCCUGUAAGUCUUCCAGAUCUUUGCCUGUGUAAACACGAGUAUAGGUUUUGUUGUUUUCCGAUGGGCUCGCUGUACUGUGCCAUUCUGCAGCUGAAUUUUUGUAUUCAACAAAAUACCCAGUACACCUCGGUGUUAGCACGGAGAUCCUUAGCUCUCCUUCAGUUGUAUCUUCUGAAUAUCUAGUAUUUAGUUAGCCGUCUGCUUCCUAAAGGAUGCUAGUUGUCUCCACUUUAUUGUUACUGAAAAUAAUGCCACAGUGGGCUUGUGUGAAAACGUCCGUAAGGUAAAUUCCUUGAAAUUAAAACUAAAUGGGCAUCAAGUUACGUUCUGUAGUUCAUAGCUGAUAAAGUCCUUUUAUAAGGAUUUUGGCAUCGACCCUUACCUCCUGUUAGACUCUUCUCCUGCCACUUUAAUGCCACUUUGCUUCCAUUUUCUCUCACUGCCCUCACUGGCACGUAAGCUGUGGCAUUGAGGGUGAGGAAUGCCUCAUUCAUGCUUCAGAUUGAAAGAACUUUUUUUUUUUAAUGUUUAUUUUAUUUUUGAGAAAGAGAGAGAGAGAGAGAGAAGGGCAGAGAGAGAAGGGGACACAGAAUCGGAAGCAGGCUCUAGGCUCUGAGCUAUCAGCACAGAGCCCGACGCGGGGCUGCAACCCACGAACUGUGAGAUCAUGACCUGAGCCGAAGUCAGACGCUUAACCAACUGGGCUACCCAGGCACCCCGAAGGAAUUUUUUUUGAAGUCCUGUUUAUUGAGGUGUAAUUAACUGUAGUAAACUGCAGUGAAGCUUACCUUUUUUAAAUGCACAGUUUGAAUGUUGGCAAAUUCAUGCUGUCAUAUAACCGCUACCAGAGUUAAGUAACGGUACACUUCCAUCACCCAAGAAGACUUCCUCCUACCUCUUUGUGGUCAGUCCUCCUCCCUCAACCCCUUAUUGGAUUUCUGUCCUUUGUCUAGUUUUGCUUUUUCCACACUGUCCUAUAAAUGGAUAGAAGAGUUCUCUCCUUUUGGAUCUGUCCUUUUGGAAAUUUAGCAGAAUGCUUUAGAUGUUCAUCCAUGUUUGAUGUCCUAAGUACUUGAUUCCUGUUUAUUGCUAAGUAGUAUUGUUUAAUGGAUGUACCGAGUUUCUUUACUCAUUCACCAGUCAAUGGGUAUUUGCAUUGUUUGGUCUUAGACUAUUACAAAUAAAGCUGCUAUAAACAUUCA